GUAAAAAUCUCUACACCAAUGAAUAUGUAGCUAUCAAACUGUGCUUCCAGAAGAGCACCUUGAAGCUCCAGUUGGCUAAGCAGGCUACAGUUAUGUACUGAAGGGGUUGGCUGAAGGAUGAACCAAUAAAAUCACGUGCUCCACAGCUUCAUUUAGAGUACAGGUUUUAUAAACAACUUGGCAGUGCAGGUGAAGGUCUCCCACAGGUGUAUUACUUUGGACCAUGUGGGAAAUACAAUGCCAUGGUGCUGGAGCUCCUCGGCCCUAGCUUGGAGGACUUGUUUGACCUCUGUGACCGAACUUUUACUUUGAAGACUGUGUUAAUGAUAGCCAUCCAGUUGCUUUCUCGAAUGGAAUAUGUGCACUCAAAGAAUCUCAUUUACCGAGAUGUCAAGCCAGAGAACUUCCUGAUUGGCCGACAAGGCAAUAAGAAAGAGCAUGUUAUACACAUUAUAGACUUUGGACUGGCCAAGGAAUACAUUGACCCUGAAACCAAAAAACAUAUACCUUACAGGGAGCACAAAAGUUUAACUGGAACUGCAAGAUAUAUGUCUAUCAACACGCAUCUUGGCAAAGAGCAAAGCCGGCGGGAUGAUUUGGAAGCCCUAGGCCAUAUGUUCAUGUAUUUCCUUCGAGGCAGCCUGCCCUGGCAAGGACUCAAGGCUGAUACAUUAAAAGAGAGAUAUCAAAAAAUUGGUGACACCAAAAGGAAUACUCCCAUUGAAGCACUCUGUGAAAACUUCCCAGAGGAGAUGGCAACCUACCUGAGAUAUGUCAGGCGAUUAGAUUUCUUUGAAAAACCUGACUAUGAGUAUUUACGGACCCUCUUCACAGAACUCUUUGAAAGGAAAGGCUACACUUUUGACUACGCCUACGAUUGGGUCGGGAGGCCUAUUCCUACCCCAGUAGGGUCAGUUCAUGUAGAUUCUGGUGCAUCUGCUGUAACUCGAGAAAGCCACACACACAGGGAUCGGCCAUCACAACAGCAGCCUCUACGAAAUCAGACUGCAUCAUCAGAGCGCCGAGGAGAGUGGGAAAUCCAGCCCAGCCGGCAGACCAAUACCUCAUACCUGACGUCUCACUUGGCUGCAGACCGCCAUGGGGGAUCAGUGCAGGUGGUUAGCUCAACCAAUGGAGAGCUGAAUGUCGAUGACCCCACGGGAGCCCACUCUAAUGCACCAAUCACAGCUCACGCCGAGGUGGAAGUAAUGGAAGAAGCUAAGUGCUGCUGUUUCUUUAAGAGGAAAAGGAAGAAGACUGCUCAGCGCCACAAGUGACCAGUGCCUCCCAGGAGUCCUCACACCCUGGGGCCUCUGACUCAACUACACCUGCAGCUCCUGCCAUUUCUCAUUGGAAAGGACUCCUCUGCAGGGGAGGGUGGAGAUCAAAACCAAAAAGAAGAAAACAGAUGCCCCUAGAAGGAGCUUGUCUGGGCAGCCAGGGCCCAGUGGGUCAAUGGCUGUCCCUACCUGCCUGAGGCUCUGAGCAGGUCCCAGAGCUGCUGCUCCUCCACUGCUUGCCCUUGGGGCCACCUGGUUGACUCUCCUUCCUAUUGUUUACAGUGAAGGUGUCAUUCACAAAAACUCAAGGACUACUAUUCUCUUCCCUCCCCUUAAUUUACUCCUGGUUUUUGCCCUGCCCUCAACUCUCUCCUGCACUAAAGCUAGUGAGUUGAAGGCUUUGUUUUCUGAAGGAACUCAAGAGGCUGGGGGUGCGGCCAAGAAGGUAGGAGGAAGGUGACAGGCCUGAGCUGGAGAAGAACCUUCACCUUCCAGGCGGAUCUGGCAGUACGGCUCCCUCUUCCUGUGUGCCUGCGCAGCCUCCAUCCCCAGCUGGCCACGGGGUGCAGUUCCUCCCUCCCUCCCUCCUGUGAAGUUACACUGUAGGACACAAGCUGUGAGAAAUCUGCAGUCUACUGUCCCCAUGUGUUGGCGUUCUUAGCUUUCUUGACAUGCGAACUCUAUUCUCCAGUCAGUAGUAGAACAAUGCAGAUUGUUCUGAACAAUGGGAAAAAAAUGACUUUAUUGCACUUUUAGUUUUUUUUUUGUUUUUGUUUUUUUUUUUAACAAAAAACAUGGCAGAUGCAUAUUGUGUCUGGUUAUAUUGGGAGUUAUACUUUUUUUUCUGUUUUGAGGGGGAUGGGGCCAGCCAAGCCAUUCAGAGAGAACAUGGUCCAGAGGACAUUCUCAAUGAAACGAGUUGGGUCGGCAGCACCCAGAAGAGAAGAAGCCAAACUCUAUGUCAUUCUGAGUAAAUACUCAGGUUGGCAAGGAAACAUACUUGAAUUUUCAUUCAUCUUCUCAGCUACUGAAGAAUGUUCCUACCAGAGCCUCUUGACCUCAUCAGCCUGUAGUUUGGACAGCCUAGCUCUCCAGUACAUGGGAUGAGCCAGCCAAGCCAGACUGUGACCAAGAGACAGUUCAUCCCAGAGAAGGAGAUAACUUUAAAAAAAAAUCUGAAAUAUCUGUUUCCUCCACUGCCAGGGACUUCCAACUAGAUAGCCAUGUGACUUCCUUGAUGACUUUGGGGAACAAAAUUAGUGAUGAAACAGCCACAACCAUAUUGCCACUAGUGGACAAAAAGAGGAGGAAAGUGAACCUGCCUUGCAACUGCCAAAGGAAACUCAGGAUUUGGCAUCAUAGGGCCAGGAAAUAAAAUUGGUAUGUACUAUCUGCCCAGCAGCUGAGUGACAGCAUUUGGGCCGGCCUGCCUUAUCAGAAACCAAGCGCCUGCAGACCUCCUCCUAGCAGGUCCAUGGCAACAGGCCGAGGACUCAGUACAUGGGGCAACAGUGAACAGGAUGGUAAGAUUAGUUGAUGCUGGAAAAUUCCAGGGAAAAGGAGACUGAAAUGAAAGCUCUGAAAUUAUCUUCUCAUUUAGACAUAGAUUCCUUCCAAAUAAGAUGGCCAUGCAUCUAGAACAUGUUCUCCUCGGUAUACUCCACCUUCCCACCAUGGUGUCGUAACAUGAAGAGUCUUGGUCCUUAUUCACUGCUUAAAAAAUUAUUAAUAUAUGGAGUUUACCUUCUCAUGCUCAGUUUUCAUUUGAGUUCAGUGGCUUAUCUAAACAGUGACCAUAUGUGAUAGAGGAGAAAAAGGAUUAUUUACACCAGGGAAUGAGGUCUUAUGUCUGGGAGUAGAGAGAACUAAGCAUGGAGGACAGUGGCUGGUGACUUAGUCUGAUGGUUCUGGGAACACAAAAAUCAUGUCUUUUGGACUGAAGAGUGUGGGGAUACUUUCUGGUAGUUGUCAUUUCCUGACAAGUUCCUUGAUGAAUAUAGCAGAAAUAGCAGUAGCUUCAUCUGUUCCAUCAGGCCUUGCCAGGAAAUAUCAUUUCCCUGGCUUCAAACUUAGUUUAUAUAAAGAUUGAAAUCUUCCAUUUCUUUAAAAGAAAUUUUUCUGUAUACUAACUUGAGUAGCUGGGAGACACAGUGUCACACCCCUUCCCCACAAGGAUUUUGAAUAUUGGGAUUUGUUUCCCUGACAUUAUCUAGUGGUUAAGGCAUAAUCACUGAAACGUACAUAGUUUCUCAAUUGGUGGCAACUCUAACUUGUGUAGAAACUUCCAUAUACCCGUAUAGAAAAAGCCUUGCCUCUCAAGGGGGAAGGCAAGGGGAAAUGAUGGCAGAACCUGGAGUCUCUUGGCGCUCCACACCCCACUAAGUGCCUCCCCACCCCCUGCUUCCACAAAAAAGCAAAGGCAAUGACCAGCCCCUUUGCAGCUGGGUUUGUGACUUUUUGGUCUUAAUUUUUUUUUUUUAAGGCCAGCUCUU